GAUCAAGCCACCUGCUCAUGUGCUGUGCUGUGAUGCAUUUAGUCGAGAAUAUUUGGAAGUGUAAACUGCCUUCAUGUGGGAAAUCAUCUGAUUUCCAGUUUGUCUUUCUGUACUUCUAAGGUGCCCUGACAUGUCAUUGCAAUCCAAUGGCUGUGAAAAAUUACACCAUGGUGACCGAAUUCAUCCUUCUUGGACUAACAGAUCAGCCUGUUCUUCAGGUCCCUCUCUUUGUCUUAUUUCUGAUUAUCUAUGUUCUGACAUUGGCAGGGAAUAUGGGAAUGAUUGUAUUGAUCAGGAUCAGUCCCCAGCUCCACACCCCCAUGUACUUCUUUCUCAGCAAUCUGUCUUUGGUGGAUAUUUGCUAUUCUUCCAUCUUUGCUCCAAGGCUGCUAAUGAAUUUUGCUCAGUCUAAAACAAUUUCUUUUGCUGCUUGCAUCACCCAACAUUGGUUUUUUGUGGUGUUUGUGACUACUGAAGGGUUCCUAUUAGCUGCAAUGGCAUAUGAUCGCUAUGUAGCCAUUUGUAAUCCAUUGCUCUAUACUGCUGUUAUAACCAAAAGGAUUUGCAUUUAUCUGCUGGGAGGGUCAUAUUUGGGAGGGGUAUUGAAUUCAUUCACACAUACAUCUGGCUUACUGAUAUUAUCAUUCUGUGUUCCUAAUACAGUCAACCACUUUUUCUGUGACACACCAGCUAUGCUGCAAGUUGCAUGCUCUGAUAUCCACAUUAAUGAACUUCUACUGGUCAUCUUCUCUGGGGUAAUUGCUCUUUCUACAUUCCUGAUCAUCAUAAUCUCCUACAUAUUCAUCCUCACCACGAUCCUAAAGAUCCACUCAUCUGAGAAUAGAUACAAAGCCUUCUCAACCUGUGCCUCCCAUCUGACUGCUGUAACUUUGUUCUAUGGACCAGUAAGUUUAAGUCAUUUACAACCCAGUUCCAUGUACUCUCAGGAGCAAGAAAAAGUCUCAGCUGUGUUCUAUACCCUGGUAGUCCCAAUGCUGAACCCACUGAUUUACAGCUUGAGGAACAAAGAAGUAAAGGAUGCCUUUAAAAGAUUGGCUAAAUCUGAGAUCUUCUUCAAAUCUUUCAUUAUUGAGCCUCAAGACUACCCAGAGCCAUUUUCUGUACUGGAAGUCAGAAAAUCGUUCUGGAAUAGUUCCAUUAUGCACAGAGAGGGACCUUUCGCAUAG